GGGAGUGUCAGUCGCGACGUGGGCUACGCAAGAAGCUGAAAGAGCACCUAUUUCUCUGUAAACUGAAAGGCAAAACCAGUAUUUUACACAACAUGAGAGCUGCAUCUUAUACCCAGAAGAGCCUACAAGUUAGCAGCUCUGGUGGCAGAGUCAGGGUCCAGAGCCCGUCACCUUCCCGGUGCCGUGGAACUUCAUAUGACAGCCGUGGACGUUCAGGUUAUCGUGGAACUGCCAUCGAGUUGGGCACUGAGAUACACCAGCACCAUGCCAAUGAGAAAGAGGAGAUGCAGGAACUCAAUGUUAAGUUUGCAGGAUACAUUGAGAAGGUCCAGGCACUGGAGCAGAGAAAUGCCUCUCUUCAAGCUGAGCUGGAUGUGCUGCAGAGCCGCUACAAGGGAAGCCCAUCAGGCAUCGGAGAAGAAUAUGAGCUCAGAUUUAAAGAGGUGCGGGAGCUGAUUGAGACCCUUACUAAUGAGAAGGGAGCAGCUGAUAUUGAACGUGGCUACAUCGAGGAAGAGGUUGAAGUGUGGAGACUAAAGCUGGAGGAGGAGCUGGCCCUCAAAGAAGAGGCAGAGAUGAUUCUGAGGGAGUUCCGACAGGAUGUUGACAAUGCCACACUGCAGAAGGCUGAGUUGGAAAAGCGCAUAGAACAACUGGUGGCUGAGAUCGAGUUUCUCAAGAAGCUGCAUGAUGAGGAGGUGGCUGACCUCAUGAAGCAGAUCGAGGACUCAAAGAUUACUGCUGAGCUGGAUGGUGAUCGUCCUGACCUGGCUGCUUAUCUGCGCAACAUGCGUGCAGAGAUAGAGUCAGUCGCUGCCCGUAAUGUGCAAGAAGCAGAGAAGUGGUACAAGAGCAAGUUUGACACUCUAAAGGAGCAUGCUGGCAAACAUGAAGAACACAUGAAAACCAUGAAAGACGAGAUCACAACCUUCCACAACCAGGUGACAGACCUGCAGAACCAGAUUGACGGCCUGAGGGCCCGCAAUGCCGCCCUGGAGCAGCAGCUGGAGGACAUGGAGAUGUCCCACAUGGAUAAGGUGGCGAACCUAGAGAGUAUCAUCGCUCAGCUGGAGGGUCAGCUCUGUGAUACCAAGCUGGAGAUGACCAAGUAUCUUCAAGAUUACCAAGAACUGUUGCACAUUAAGCUCAAGUUGGAUGCAGAGAUCGCAACUUAUAGGAAGCUCCUGGAAGGAGAAGAGCAGAGGCUUGGAAUUCCCAAAGAUGCCUAAAUAUCCAGGAUGAGAGCAGCAGCAAGUCCCAACAAGCAACAAAGAAAAUUAGCUCAUUUUAUUUCAAAAUAAUUGUAAAUGCUUCCCUGUCUUCUCCUUACUCCUAGGGCUGGGUAUAGUUUGAAAUUUUUCAUUACCAAUGUCAAUAUGACACCUGUGUCUCAGCACAGAUACCAAAACCAAACUUCUAUUAAUUUUACUCAGAAUUGUUGUACUUAGAAAUUAAAUAUUUUCUUUUAACAUGUGAGACCAAUUACAUUCGGUGUUAUUUUAGAAAUAUUUUGUCUCAAUAAAAUUGCCAAGAGUUAUUUAAAAAAAUCCAGAACAAAAGGAAUAUCCAUAAAUAUUCAGGUGAAGUGCUCGCUUGCAAUAUGAAUUUGUGGCUUUCCCCAAAUUUUUGUUCAAAUCGGUUAUCUCAUCAAAACAUAAAUCUACAAAUCUGACCAUAGAUUUGAUACUAGCUUUCUGUAGUUCUGUAGUUUUAGAUUCUCUGUGGUGUAGACAGGUUGCUCUUGGUAUCACAGAUUUACUGAGAUUUGAUACCCAGCCCUCCUUAGCUCCUUCAUUUGUCCUGCCACAUAUGACCCCAUUAUCCUUAUACAUUUCUGUGCUUCCUUGUCCUCUCCAGUCCUCCCUACAGCAGAUUUUGACAUCACUUUUUAAAGCAACUCUUCUUUCUUUUCAUUGCCUUUCUCUAACUCCAUCACCCCUCCCAUUUCUGUUUUUUGGCAGCCCUCAUUUCUCCUUGUUCCUUCCCUUUCCUUUACUCCUGCUCCUGCAGUACCCCUGCUAAAUUUACCUUCCUCUCUUCCUGCCAAAUAAGCCCCACUGUUAUACUUCUGUCACUUCUCUUUGCUACAGUUGCUCACUUUUCCUCAUUACUGCCUCUCUUGAUCCAAGUUUUGGAUCCCGCUGCCUUCACAAUGAAACACUCUAUGCCACAAAGCAGGACAUAUCGCCUUCGUGUUUUGACUGGUCUUUACAGUAACUUCGGUUUAGCCUAAAUGUUUUAAAAAGACACAGCUGUUGACCAUUUACACUAACGUUGACCAACUGUUACUUAAUAAAGACUUAAAUGAGUGCAUACAAAAUAAGGCUGUGCUGAUUUUUAUUUACUCCAGAGACUGAGCUUUUGUCUUCUUUUCUAAUGUGUAUAUUUCACAUUAUGCAAACUGGGUUUGACCAUCUAGUUGUCGUUGUUAAAAUUAAUAAAUACAAGACUAAAGUGAC